AUGUCGGAUGCUCAGCAGUAUUUCGUUUUUAUUCUCAAUGAUCGUUUGAGAAUUAUUCAAUCGAACGAUAGUCCUUCAGGAUGGUUAUAUCUAUCAUUACUCCAUGCAAUGACAUCUCACCUUCUUCCUGAUCAGUAUACUGGCAUGACUGGCAUGGAACGCGCUUUUCAAUUGUUGAAUUCUGCAGGUUGCUGGACUGAUCAGCCGUACGAUGCACUCUCGCUGAAUAUUCUUCAUCAAAUCGCAAUGAUUUCUCCGAAAGCAGUCUACUAUCAACAUAUGCAAAAGAUCGAUUGGAAUGAUGAUACAUUGCCUUAUUCUUUACAGCACUGUGGUUAUUAUUUAUUAGUCAAGAAACUGAUUGAAACGAGUGAAAGAUUGAAUUUUAUGCAUUUUUCAUUACAUACUGAAGAAAUCUUAACAUUAAAUGCUGAAAAUGAAUAUGAUGAACGAUUACUGAUGAAAAUCUAUUGGGAUUAUCGUCAUUCAUACAAUCCGGUCGCUCGCUUAUCCGCAGAAAUUGAAAUUGAAAUCAUGGAAACGACAAAAUCCGAAGAAUCAUAUCAAGCUCUUGUGGAGCGUGAUUCAACAGUUGGAAAUCAGAAACUAAUUCAACUCGUCAAUGACAUGUAUCAUUCCGGUGACGUAUAUUUGAAAGACGUAUCCGAACUGACUUGUUUUCCGUUGAAUCAAUGGUUAACUGAUGAUUAUUCUGUGAAUACUAUUUGGGUUGGUCUAUUGAAACUCGCUGAAUCACUUAAAACAACGAAUGUUCCUGACGACAUCGAGCGAUUUACAAUACUUCUCAAGUUUCUCUAUUACAUAUCCAGUAAACGUGGUAUUCGAAAGAUUUAUUUAGAAAUCUUGUAUACUGUCUUGCAUGACCCGACAUUAUCACUGGAUUCCAUCACAUUUCCAACGUUUACUCAAUACACAAACAUUCAACAUAUGACUGUGGUCAUGAAUUCGAUUGAUUUCCAUUCUCAACACUCUGCUGGUCAACGUCGGACGAUUCUUGAAGAAGUUAAAGAUUGUUUUGAGAAAGGAUAUACGUACAAAGAUCAAUGCCGAUUAGCAACACCGGAAGAAAAGAAUCAAAUCAAAUUCUUGCUGAAAUCUUGGCAUUUAAAUCAAAAACUUCACACAUUUCUAAUGACAAUUCAAAACUUAAUCUGUUCAUGUGAGUUGUUACCAUUUCAUCAACGAAUUUCUGUUUCUCCACAACAAUUCACGUUGAGAUCAAUUGAGGAGAGUUAUCAAAUAGAAAUUUUACCAUCUAGCAGACAAAUCAACCAAGAAUUACUUAACAAGGCAGAAGAAAAGUAUUUCCAUCGUAAUUCUGACCAUAUUGUUAAAUCAACGGCUUCGAUAAAAACCACUCAUGAGCAGAAGACAUUUCCAGAGGAGAUAUUUACUUCAAUCGAUGAUCAGACUAACACGCUUCGUGAAAUAGGACUUUUUUUCAAAAAUCAACUCGCCAUCAGUUGGAGGCAACUACAAUCGAGUGAAUUUGUCCAACGAAACUAUCCUUCCAUAGACGAAAUUCUUCAACUUCUCCAGAUCCUUCAUAAAGAAUCCACUCACUUCUGGAACGAAUUAUUGCAAUCGAUUACCUGUGAUCAUCAGCACCUAUUCAACAUAGGUUUAUUACCUCGAACAACACCGGCCAAUCUAAUUUCCAUCUUUCAACAAAUCUGGCUGAAUGAACAGUCAAAAUCUUCUCUCCAAUUGACAUCAGACCAACGUACAUUGCUUGGUGGUCUGAUGGUCAAUUGGGUGAUCGAACAGCAACUCGAGCGUGCAUUAUAUUUUCACCAUUAUAAGAAGCUCGAAGAAUUUCAAAAAGAACUUGUGACGAUUCCACACGCAAAUUGGAUCCCAUCGGAACAUCUUCCAUGGCUGAUCUUUGAAUUAGAAAUGAACCUAACCAUCCGCGAGAUUCAAGUUGAUGUUGCUCGGCAUAUGAUGCAACCGGAACUGUCGGCUUCGAAAAGUCUGGUCAUGCAAAUGAAUAUGGGCGAAGGGAAAACGUCUGUUAUUAUCCCGAUAUUAGCUCUCAGUUUAAGCUCGUCUUUGUCGAGUCUGGUUCGUAUUGUGGUUCUGAAGUCCUUGUUUCCGGUGAAUUAUCAAUCAUUAAGGUUUAAAUUAGGUGGUUUGUUGAAUCGACGUAUUUUACCGUUUACUUGCCGACGUGACAUGAAUUUUACAAAUGAACAAAUUCAUCAGAUUUAUAACCGAUUUCGCCGAGCACUCCAUCAUUGUGAUGUGAUUUUAACUUCACCAGAAGAUCUUUUGUCAUUCGAUCUACUGACAAUUGAUAAAUGCCGACGAAAGGAAUUCGAUACUAGUCGUUCAAUGUUAAUUACUCAACAAUGGUUGAAAACAUUCGCACGAGAUCUUCUUGACGAAUCCGAUGAAAUUCUACAUUGUAAAUAUCAGUUAAUUUACACUGUUGGCAAACAACAGCGAAUCGAUGGUGGAAUCGAACGUUNCUCAAAAAUCUUGUAUACUGUCUUGCAUGAUCCGACAUUAUCAUUGGAUUCCAUCACAUUUCCAACGUUUACUCAAUACACAAACAUUCAACAUAUGACUGUGGUCAUGAAUUCGAUUGAUUUCCAUUCUCAACACUCUGCUGGUCAACGUCGGACGAUUCUUGAAGAAGUCAAAGAUUGCUUUGAGAAAGGGUACACGUACAAAGACCAAUGUCGAUUAGCAACACCGGAAGAAAAGAAUCAAAUCAAAUUCUUAUUAAAAUCUUGGCAUUUAAAUCAAAAACUUCACACAUUUCUAAUGACGAUUCAAAACUUAAUCUGUUCAUACGAGUUGUUACCGUUUCAUCAACGAGUUUCUGUUUCUCCACAACAAUUCACAUUGAAAUCAUUUCAGGAGAGUUAUCAAAUAGAAAUUUUACCAUCUAGCAGACAAAUCAAUCAGGAAUUACUUAACAAAGCGGAAGAAAAGUAUUUCCACUGUAAUUCUGAUCAUAUUGUCAAAUCAACGACUUCGAUAGAAACCACGCAUGAGCAGAAGACAUUUCCCGAGGAGAUAUUUACUUCAAUCGAUGAUCAAACCAAUACGCUUCGUGAAAUCGGACAUUUUUUCAAAAAUCAACUCGCCGUCAGUUGGAGACAAUUACAAUCGAGUGAACUUGUCCAACGAAACUAUCCUUCCAUAGACGAAAUUCUUCAACUUCUCCAAAUCCUUCGCAAAGAAUCCACUCACUUCUGGAACGAACUACUACAAUCGAUUACCAGUGAUCAUCAGCACCUAUUCAACAUAGGUUUAUUACCUCGAACAACACCGGCCAAUCUGAUUUCCCUCUUUCAACAAAUCUGGCUGAAUGAACAGUCGAAAUCUUCUCUCCAAUUGACACCAGACCAACGUACAUUGCUUGGUGGUCUAAUGGUCAAUUGGGUAGUCGAACAGCAACUCGAGCGUGCAUUACAUUUUCACCAUCAUAAGAAGCUUGAAGAAUUUCAGAAAGAACUUGUGACGAUUCCACACGCAAAUUGGAUCCCAUCGAAACAUCUUCCAUGGCUGAUCUUCGAAUUAGAAAUGAACCUAACCAUACGCGAGAUUCAAGUUGAUGUCGCUCGGCAUAUGAUGCAGCCGGAACUGUCGGCUUCGAAAAGUCUGGUCAUGCAAAUGAAUAUGGGCGAAGGGAAAACGUCUGUUAUUAUUCCAAUGUUAGCCCUCAGUUUAAGCUUGCCUUUGACAAGUCUGGUUCGUAUUGUGGUUCUGAGGUCCUUGUUUCCGGUGAAUUAUCAAUCAUUAAGGUUCAAAUUAGGUGGUUUGUUGAAUCGACGUAUUUUACCGUUUACUUGCCGACGUGACAUGAAUUUUACAACUGAACAAAUUCAUCAGAUUUAUAAUCGAUUUCGCCGAGCACUGGAUCAUUGUGAUGUGCUUUUAACUUCACCAGAAGAUCUUUUGUCAUUUGAUCUGCUGACGAUUGAUAAAUGCCGACGAAAGGAUUUCGAUACUAGUCGUUCGAUGUUAAUCACUCAGCAAUGGUUGAAAACAUUCGCACGAGAUCUUCUUGACGAAUCCGAUGAAAUUCUACAUUGUAAAUAUCAGUUAAUUUACACUGUUGGCAAACAACAGCGAAUCGAUGGUGGAAUCGAACGUUGGCAACUUAUUCAAAUGAUAUUGAAUUCAGUGAAGAAGUUUGCUGCCGAGAUUGCUCGGAUCGAUCCGACGAAUGUCUUUUACAAGCCCUCGAACAGUCANAAAUCGAUUAUAAAUCUGAUGAAUUUGUUGGCAACUUAUUCAAAUGAUAUUGAAUUCAGUGAAGAACCCUCGAACAGUCAAGGUGCCUUUCCGGAAUUUCGCUUUCUAUCACAUCGAUCGUUUCCCGAUCUAUGUCUUAAGAUAGUUAACGAUUGGCUCGACCAAAAGCCCUAUCGAAAAACGGAUCGAGAAUGCAUUUUAUCCUUUAUAUUAGAUAUCAAGAUAUCAAUCGAUUCUCUCAUUGAUCGGUUCUCUCCAAGUGACAUUCAAUCAUUUCUUAUCAUUCGUGGUCUACUAUCAAGUGAAGUUUUGCUCGUUUGUCUAAAGAAACGUUACCGUGUCAAUUAUGGUAUCAAUUUAAACAAAAACUUUAACCGAUUAAUGGCCGUUCCUUACCGAGCGAAAGAUGUUCCGGCAGAUCGAACUGAAUUCGGUCAUCCUGACACAGCUCUUGUUUUGACCCAACUAUCAUACUAUUACAGUGGACUGACGAGUUCACAAAUUUUACAGUGUUUUGAUCGUCUGAAUCAAGAAGAACGAGAUCCCGACAUGAUCUAUACCGAAUGGAUCACGAAGGAGCACGAUCAUGACAUUCCCCAAAAUCUUAAACAAUGGAAAAAAGUCAAUGUCAAGGAAUGUCACCAAGAAAUUCAUAAACUUUUUCAACUGCUACGAUACAAUAUGGUAGUCGUCAAUUACUUUCUUAAUCAUUUUGUUUUUCCACAAGAAGCAAAACAAUUUCCUCAUAAAUUAAUCGCUUCUUCAUGGGAUUUAGCCUCGUCAAAACGAACGAAAAUGAUUACUGGCUUCAGCGGUACCAAUGAUACCCAACUGCUACUACCGAUUCAUAUUCAUCAGCGUGAUUUACCUCAACUACAAAGUACUGAUGCGAUUGUGAUUAAUAAUUUACUACAGCCUGUAAAUGAAAACUAUCGACAUCUACCUGUUAUUAUGACUUCAGAGAUGAUCUUGAAUGAAAUUGCUAGCUAUCGAGAAAUGAUAAAUGUUAUUAUCGAUGUUGGCGCUCUAUUCGUUGAUCGUACUAAUCGUGAAAUAGCUGUGAAUUGGUUAGAACAAUCAGAUCAUAAGAAAAUCGAUUAUGCCAUUUAUUUUCAUUCGGAUCACAUUAUUGUUUGUGAUCGACAAUAUCAUCAUCAAUCAUUUUCUAGCUCGCCGGCAAGUGAACGACUAGACCGAUGUGUUAUCUAUCUCGAUGAAGUGCAUACGAGAGGAACUGAUUUCAAAUUUCCUACUGGUUUCACAGCGGCUGUGACGCUUGGUAAUGGUUUAACGAAAGAUCGUUUCGUGCAAGCAUGUAUGCGCAUGAGAAGACUAGGAGAAAGUCAUUCAUUGACGUUCUGGAGCUCGGAUGAAGUCCAUCGACAGAUUGUUUCAUUAAAAACCAGUCUGCAACCAUCAAUCGAAUUGAAAGACAUUCUGCGAUGGGUUUAUGAAAAUACUCAACGAGCGACAUGGGAUGGAUUGUAUUACUGGGCAAUGCAAAGUCUUAGCUAUCAACGGAAAAUGAGCGCCUUUCAAAUCAUUGAUUGGCGAGGCCAUCAACAAGAUUUUACUAACCGGAUCAUGGAUGAAUUAGCAGNAUGUUAA